CCAAUAACAACAGGCGGCUGGGUGAGGCGGCAGCACAGGCAAUAGGCGGCCAGGACCCUGCAGCCACCGGGCAGCAGGCAGCGGGCAGCGGCUGGAGGAGAGAGAGAGCGGGCUGUGACCACCUCGGAGGGGCUGGGAAAGUGUCCUCUGCAGAGAUGAAGGGAGCAGCUGCCAGCCAACUCGGGGAGGACAAGGAGGACAAGCCACAGCAGGAGGGACACAUCUGGGGCUCCAUGAGGAGGACGGCCUUCAUCCUGGGCUCCGGCCUGCUCCUGCUGGUGGCCUUCUGGAACUCGGUCACAUGGCAUCUGCAGAGAUUCUGGGGUGCUUCUGGCCAAUUUUGGCAGACCCAGUGGGAGAGCCUGCUGACCACGUUCGAAGGCAGAGAGUGGAUUCUCUACUUUAUAGGUGCCACCCAGGUGCCCGCCCUGCUCUUCUGGGCCUUCAACGGGCUGCUGCUGGUGGUGGACAUGACCGGGAAGCCUCACUGCAUCUCCCGCUACCGGAUUCAGCAGGGCAAGAAUGAGCCCGUGGACCCCGUGAAGCUCCGCCAGUCCCUCCGCACGGUGCUCUUCAACCAGUUCGGCAUCUCGCUGCCCAUGAUGGUGGCCCUGUACCCCGUCAUCAAGCGGUGGCAGAACCCCUGCCGCCGCGAGCUGCCCACCUUCCACUGGUUCCUGCUGGAGCUGGCGCUCUUCACGCUGGUGGAGGAGGUGAUGUUCUACUACUCACACCGCUUCCUCCACCACCCGGCGCUCUACAAGAAGAUCCACAAGAAGCACCACGAGUGGACGGCCCCCAUCGGCGUGGUGGCGCUCUACGCCCACCCCAUCGAGCACGUGGCCUCCAACAUGGUGCCGGUGCUGGCGGGGCCCCUGCUGAUGGGCUCCCACCUGUCCUCCCUCACCGUGUGGCUCUCCCUGGCCCUCAUCAUCACCACCAUCUCCCACUGCGGCUACCACCUGCCCUUCCUGCCCUCGCCCGAGUUCCACGACUACCACCACCUCAAGUUCAACCAGUGCUACGGGGUGCUGGGGGUGCUGGACCACCUCCACGGGACCGACACGGUCUUCAAGCAGACCAAGGCCUACGAGAGACACACUCUCCUGCUGGGCUUCACCCCACUUUCAGAGAGCAUCCCUGACACCCCAAAAAAAAUGCACUAAGAGGGCCUAUGCCUGCCUGGCCAUCCUGCGCAUGCCUGAGGUGUCCCCAAGGCCACCUCACCAGGUCCCACAUUCCCUCACAUACUUGGGUCACUUCCUUAACAUUCCGUCUCUUUUGUCACGUCACGUUUCUGCAAGCGCUUCACGACGCACUCAACACCCAGGGCACGGCUGCCACGGAGGAUUCCUCCACCCCGCGAUGGGCCGUGGGGCUGGCCAGGCACCCUGCGGCCCCGCUCUGGCCUGAGCGUAACUCCCAGCCUGGAGCGCGGGCCAGACCUGCUCCCAGCACACACCGGGGGAGGCCCGCCUGCAUCCUCGGGCGGGGAGCAGGGGCGAGCAGGAAGGGGGAUGCCGCCUCCCGUCUCAGCACUGGACUCGGGGACGGGGACGGGGCGGUCAUGCAGGCCUCUGGCUGGGCGGGGCCCGUGCGCUCAUGCAGCAAACCAGGGGGCGAACGAGGGAGACUUGAGGCCGUGGCCUCCCCAUUCCCAGUAGCAGCCAAAGGAGCGAGGUGGGAAUAAAGCUGUCUCCCCCGACUGCAGCCGCCUGUUCUCUCCCCGCCCUGCCGGGUCGUGACAGCAGUGCCCCUUGUCAGCUGCCCCCACUCUCCAGGCCCGGGGGUGGGGUGGGCACUGGGAUGGCGGCAGCCUCUGCACAA